AUAAUAAUAAAAUUAAAAAAAUAACGUUAGUAGAGUGUACGUUUUUUUUUAAAUAAGGGAGAGAAAAAUAGAAAGAGAAAGGUUCGAAUGUAUUGCGCGUUUGUCGCAUUAGUCGGAAGAAAAGAGAGAGAAGCGAAAAAAAAAGAGAGAGAGAGAGAAAGAGAAUACAGUCUGUCGUUCGCGCGCCAGAAACUUCGAUUCGGACGUUCUCGGUUAAACUCGGUUUUAUCCGGCUCGCGCCGUGCAUAGGGCAGCACGUGUUCGAAAAAUACAUCGGUACGGGCAAACGAGUCCCGAUUCGUGACGACGCGGUCGGUUGUGCGUUCACGAGUGGUGGUUGCUAGUAGCUUAGGCUUUAUAUCUCUCUAUUUCUCUCUCUCUCUCUCUCUCUCUCUUUCUCUCUCUUCUUUUGCUUAGCUUUACGUUCGCUGACCUCUAUCGUUUCAUCAUCGUCUUCUCUUCGUCGUUGCUCCGUCAUAGACGUCAUUCGUGACCGAGGUCUUGUCUCCUUGUCGAGCGAGAAGAAAUAGAGAAAGAGAGAAGAAGAAGAAGAAGAAGAAGAAGAAGAAGAAGAAGAGGACGACGCGCUCGAGCGUGGUGAAGGGCAACGAAUGGUAAAAGGGAGGGGGAGGAAGAGAGAAAAGAAGAGGGAAAAAGGAUCGUCGUUUGUUGUUCGCUUUCCGAGAAGAAAGAACUAGACAGACACAGUGGCAAAAGGGGGAUUGAUUUCCAAGUUUUCGAACGAUUUUGUUAAACGGUUUGUUACAAGGGAGGGUAUUGUCAUUAUUUUAUAUAUGUGUUAGAAUCUUUUCGUUAGAGGGAGGGAGACAAAGAGAGAGAGAGAGAGAGAGAGGGAGGGAGAGAGAGAGAGAGAGAGAGAGAGGAAGAAAAUUUCGAUCAAAAGUGAUUAACGAAGAAGAACGAUCAUGUUUAGGCUUUUGGGUGGUCUAGCCUAUUAUCUCAAAUGGCAAGAAGUCUCCACCGUAUCUUUGCUCUUUCGCAUACAUAAUAACUUUACUUCGGUGGUGCUUUUAACUUGCUCAAUAAUAAUCACCGCGAAUCAGUUCGUUGGAAAUCCAAUCUCAUGUAUCGUCGGUCAUGGCCUGCCACAACAUGUCAUCAACACCUACUGUUGGAUAACCUCAACGUUCACGAUGCCGGACGCCUUCAGUCGACAGAUGGGGACUGAGGUGGCACAUCCAGGGGUAGCAAACGAUUUAGGAGACGUCAAUGCAAGGAAAUACUAUACUUACUACCAAUGGGUUUGCUUCGUACUCUUCUUCCAGGCAAUUUUAUGCUAUACACCUCAAUGGCUCUGGAACAUGUGGGAAGGUGGAUUGAUGAAUACAUUGAUCAUGGGAAUGAAUUGUGGCAUUGAUAAGCAAGAUAUCAUCAAGAAGAAAAAAUCCAAGUUGAUGGAAUAUAUUAUGUCCCAUUUAACGAGGCAUCAAAAGUACGUAUAUCACUACUUCGCUUGCGAGCUCUUGUGCCUGGUCAACAUUAUUGGACAACUGUACCUGAUGAAUCGUUUCUUCGAUGGAGAAUUUCUUAAUUAUGGCCUUCGUGUAUUACACAUAUCGAAUACACCGCAAGAGAAUCGCUUUGAUCCUAUGGUUUACGUAUUCCCUCGUGUUACAAAAUGCAUAUUUCAUAAAUACGGUGCUUCCGGUACGAUACAGAAGCACGAUUCAUUAUGCGUUUUACCGCUAAACAUAGUCAACGAAAAGACUUAUAUCUUCAUUUGGUUCUGGUAUAUCAUUCUCUCCAUAUUUUUGAUCGGUUUGGUCGCUUACAGAGCUGCUAUAAUAUUUGCACCGGCCGUAAGACCAAGAUUGUUGCAUAUCGCAUCGCCUGGAAUAUCAAUUGAAACGUGUCAAAGUAUAAGUAGAAAAGUAGAUCUUGGUGAUUGGUGGAUACUUUAUAUUCUUUCGUGGAACAUGGACGGUAUCCUUUAUAAAGACUUUUUAGAAGAACUUACGAAAAAAAUGAGCUCCCAUAUUUCUCAACCGAUCAAUGCUUAAAUUUAUUUAGCAAUUGUAAAAUUAUAUCUAAUUAUAUUUUGCAGUUUAGAUAUUAACAAGGGACUGACUAGAGUCUAAUGUGACUCGUGUUGACAUGUUUCUUUAUUAUACGAGAGAAUACUCGUUAAAAAAAAAAGAAAAAAAAAAGAAAAAAAAAAGAAGAAAAAAGAAAGAAAAAAAAAGAACAAA